AGCAGAUAGAUUUAGUCUUUAUGAGAAAUCAUACUGAAGCAGGGCACAAGCAUGACACAAACGAAACUGAUGGCUUUUACUCCCUGUGUCUGUCCCUGUCACUGGACAGCAGGUAAUCAGGGAGAGUCUGCCCUCCACAUGCACCGACUGAGAUGCUUUCUUUGCCUAGAAAACCCGGGGCAGCCUUCUGCUUUAAGAUGCCCUCCCCGGACCCGAGAAGUGGCCCAAUCGCCCUCCUCUCCCAGUCACCUGAUUCAUGUACUGCCAUUUUACACACAAGUUUGACUGACAAAAAAAGACUGAAUUGGCCUAUCGGCAACCUCAACACAGAAAUACACCCUUUUGUAAGAACAUUAAAAAGACGGGGGAUAGAAAUCAAAGCUGCUGAGGGUAGAUGCAGCCAGCGCGGGGUGCCGUGUGGAUCACAGAGGGGUUUGCGCUCGGAUCUCUGCAUAGAUUCAGAGGUGAAACCGGGUGAAGAAGAGGGGGAAAGGGAAAGACAAUGCUGUUUUAUAUCGCAUUUGAAAAUGAGUCUUCAGUCAUAGGAAAUGCCGCAUAGAUCUGAUAAUAAUCACCGGUAGUCUCUCGAUUAUUUUGGAUUCAGUCCUCGUACAGGCGCAUUCCGCCGCCGGCAUCUCACCCUUGGCAGAGGCUAUUUCAGGGAUAGCUGCUCACUGUACAUUGUCUUAUAUUAUUAGCCUAUACUGAGCUGUUUUUGAUGCAGGCCUCUUUAAUUAUACACAGCUUUUUAUAGCCUAUCGGGUAAUGCAUUAUUUCAGCAGCUGGGUCAUCCCGAUGCCUUCGACUGAAUAUUAAAUGGUUCCCUGGAUGUGACCGUCUUAUGUUUUAUUUGGCCGCCGCAUGAAUUCUCCCACCGGAUCCUGGUCGUUGUACACUGCUGUCCUGCUCCUCCUCCUCCUCCUGCUCACACGGCCCAUUCUCGCAGAGGGCACUACCCUCCUCCCUGCCGCUAAAGACAUUUUUAUCGUCCUCACCGGUUCCCCCCACCCGGACUCGACCAUCACUCCGCCUGCCUCCCCAUCCACUACCUCCACCUCCUCCUCUGUAACAUGUCGGGACAGUCUUUGACGGACCGGAUCGCCGCCGCGCAGCACAGCACGACCGGGUCUGCCAUCAGCAAAGCCGUCUGCAAGGCCACGACGCACGAAGUCAGCGGACCCAAGAAGAAACACCUUGACUACUUGAUCCACUGCACCAAUGAGCUGAACGUCAGCAUCCCCCACCUUGCAGACACACUGCUGGAGCGCACAGCCAGCAACAGCUGGAUCGUGGUUUUCAAAGCGCUCAUCACCACACACCACCUCAUGAUGUACGGCAACGAGAGAUUGAUGCAGUACCUUGCCUCCAGAAACACGCUCUUCAGCCUCAACAACUUUCUAGAUAAGGCUGCACUACAAGGGUAUAACAUGUCGACUUUCAUCAGACGCUACAGUCGCUACCUGAAUGAAAAAGCUAUGUCUUACAGACUAGCAGCCGUGGACUUCACCAAGAUGAAGAGAGGGGCUGACGGUGUGAUGCGCACCAUGAACACAGAGAAGCUGAUUAAGACCCUUCCCAUCAUUCAGAACCAGCUGGAUGCACUGCUGGAUUUCCAGCCUAACUCCAAUGAGCUGACCAACGGAGUGAUCAACACAGCUUUCAUGUUGCUGUUUAAAGACUCCAUACGGUUGUUUGCUGCUUACAAUGAAGGGGUCAUCAACAUGCUGGAAAAAUACUUUGACAUGAAGAAGAACCAGUGCAAAGAAGCUUUGGAGAUCUACAAGACCUUUCUCAACAGGAUGACCAAACUGUCCGAGUUUCUCAAAGUGGCAGAGCGAGUUGGGAUAGAUCAGGGCGACAGCCCCGAUCUCACACAGGCACCCAGUUCUCUCUUGGAGGCUCUGGAGCAGCAUCUAGCCUCUCUGGAAGGCAGGAAGCUCAAGGACCUCUCCACAGCCAGCAGAUCCAGCACCUUGUCGAGCGCAGUGUCCUCUCUGUCCAGCAAUGGGAUCUCUCUCAGCCGUAUGGACGACAAGACAGAAGACAACAGACUGCAGCAACACAAGGAGGACGGACAUAAGGUGGUCGACAUUCAGACGCCAAAUAUAUCGCCCAGCACCCAGUCAGUGGGCAGUGCCAACAGCAGCGGAGGGGCCACAGAUCUCUUCUCCAGCUCACCCAUCGUCCCCGUCAACAAUCAUGUGCCAAACCUGACCAGUGAGCUAUUCACCCUGCAGCCAAACUUCUCCCCCAUCCAGACCACACACACUGUGCCCAACAACAACAAUGCCUGGGGAGGUGACCUGCUGAAACCAGCCCCGCCCACUCAAAUUCACAGCCCUGGAGCCCCGUUACACUCUGGGAAAAUGCUGCCCAAUGAUAUUGACUCGUCAUUAGCCAGCCUUGUUGGUAACCUGCAGUUUGGGGGGACGCCAGCCAAAAAGCCAGAGCUCCAGUGGAGUCAGCUGGUAGAGAAGAAGCCAACAGGAGGAAGUGGCUGGCAGUCUAAGACUAUGUACACCAGCACCAACUGGACUCACACCGCCCAUCCCAUGGCGCCUGCACCCAUGCCUGUCCCUCAGAUGAACGGGAUGAUCUAUACUGGCUAUGCUCCAGCACCAGUGGCUUUUCCUAUGACGACACCCCAAGUGCCUGUGUAUGGAAUGCUCCCUCCUCAGAUGACUCAUCAGAUGGGAGGUAUUCCCAUGAUGCCCCCGCAGCCUGUCAUGUACAACCAGCCUGUCCUGAGACCCAACAAUCCCUUUGGACCUAUUCCGGGGACACAGAUGCACUUCAUGUAGGGAUGAUGUAACCAUGGCAGCAAAGCUGAGAGAGAAGGCGAGAGGAAAGAGAUGGGAAAAUUGGAAGAAAACAAAUCCAGAACCAAAUCCAAUGCAGGAUGAAGAAAGACGAGCACAAAGGGGAAAAAGGAGCGGAGGAGGAGACGGGAUAAAAGAUGAAAUGCCGAUAUCUGUUUCUGUGUCGCCUGACCCUCUAGUCUCCUCUCCUCUCUCCAUGUGGCUACUGAUCUCUCUGUCUUUGGAUCAAUAAAGCUGGGGGACCAGAGGCUUUGCAUCAGUCCCACUCAUCCCAUUUGAUUUUGCCAAUUCAGAUGACACCUCUGUGGAAGUGCAGAAGCUCUACUGCCACUUCUUGAUCUCCUCAUCCUGAUAAUUUCCUGUACAAAAAUGUACCCACUUCUCUUGCCAUCCCACAACUGAAUCAAACUUGGAGGACACGCGUCUCUUUCUCUGAUUGGAUCGUUUGCUGGCACUUUACUCAGUGUGAACUUUGCCAAGGGUGUGUGUCUAUGUAGGUGAUGUAAGCAUUUUGUUCAGAUUGGUUCCUGGUUGCAUCAUCCAUCACCUGAUGUCAGAGGUAAUCGAUUUGAACGCGUGUGUGCGUGAUCUUUUUUUCUACAUUUCAGUGUGCUGCAUCAACAUUACUGUUUGAGUCUUUUUAUGAGCUCCAUUUGUUCUUAAUUGCCAACUUCACAUCAAGAAUCUGGCAUGGGGCGAUACUUUGCAGGCACAAUUGUGUGUGUGUGUGUGUGUGUGUAUGGACGUAGCAGUGAACCUUUGUGUUUCUCUUUUGGCACCUGAUGUCAUUACCAUGUUGCCAGAUACCAAUGUGUUACUGCACUGGAACUACUGAUGAAAGCACUGAGCCAGACCCAGGCAUCACAUUUGGAUGUAAACCUCUCACACUAGCUUAGCUACUCUAAGACAUGCUGUACACACUCUGUGUUCUUUUCUCCCCCUCCUAAACAGCUGUGCAAUAUCAGGCAACCUUGUCUUUUCCACCCAUCUGUAGCCUGUUUAGAAGCUGUUUCCUGCUUUAGUGUCGUACUUCUUGGAUGUCCACAUCAGGGUUUUUUUUUUAUUGUUCUGUUAUAUUUGCUCUAAAAUUAGUGAAAGAAAUGCACUGAGAGGGAGACAGAGAGGUGACUAAAUAUAACUAAGGCGGCGAUUCUCAGUCUUGCCAAUAAGACAUGGUCUGACACCCAACUGUACGAGCAUUCAUCCUGUCCAAAAUCAGCCUCUUGUGAAGCCCUUUACACUCUAUAAAAACUGGAUAAGUGUAAUUACUGCAAAAGACGUUUCACCUCCACUUUGAGGAACAAAUGGCAUUGAACAUAUACAUGGUUAAUGUAGUGUUAACGCUGGUAGACAGAACCACUAAAGGUCAGUCAGAGGAGUCAAAGCAAUUGAGGUUAAUGUCUGUUGACCGGGACCCUAAUAAUGCCGGCAGUGAUGACAUACACAUUCAUCUAGACAGCCAGAGAGGGGAAGGCUUUAAUAAGAUGUUAAAUAUUAAUGGGGCUUUUUUGGGGCAGAUCCAAGGUCAAGUUAGACCCACAGACAGACAAUAUAUAUACAUACAUACAUAUAUGUAUAUAUAUAUAGCACAAACCUUCAAAGAGGGGAUAAUGCUCUGCUGCACAAAAACCUAAAAUCUUUGCUGGGAUGUACAGUUGAAAGGGGCAAUAAUCAAGUUGGGAUGAAGUCAUUUUCUAUUGAUUGUUCUAUGUACAUGUUCUGUGUGUUUGUGUGCUCAUGCCUUCCCAUAGAGGAACACAGGGUCACAUUCCUCGGUUAGAGAUGAAAGGUCUCUAGCGAGCUGGUAGCGUGUAUUAACUUAGCAGUGAGUGUUAUUGUGACCGUGUCUGUCUGUAAAACACAACAUUAUUUUAAGGUGGCUCUGGGAUCACUCAUCUGCUGAAAAACGCAAAAAAGCCAAAUCAUCAGACCUGGAAUCUCACAGUGAAUCUGAGGCAAACCUCUUCAUCUGCAGAGACUGAUGACUUCUAUCAAAGUCGUCAGAGAACUGGGACUGUAUGGCGACAUAUUGUUACGAUGACCCUUGAACUGUAACUGCUGGCUACGCAAAAACCAAUCUCCCUUAUAACUAGUCUACAACCAGCAGAGAGAGACUUGUGUGUGAGAAAUCGUCACCACCUAGCAGGCACAUAUUCUCUGAGGUUUCUACAUAAGAAGCCAGGUCACAUUUGGAUCUCUCUUUUGGAAACUUGUUUCCCUCUGCCCCAUUAUUCCUUGUUCCAGCGGUUUGUCUUUCUUCAUCAGCUGAAUGCUCUUUUCAUUGUGCACUUCAUUCCCACAAUGCAGCUCUAUCCAUUCUAGGCCAACCUCUGACUGUUAGUGUGUCCUCUGUACAUAGGUAAUGCUGUUCAUGUGUUUUUAGACGUGUUCUCUGUAAAGUGAUCGAAGCCCCAUUGGACGACGUACUGUACGUGGGACAAUUUAUUGCUGUAUCUGUGUUUGAAUGGUUGUAUUUUGAAGGUGUCACCAUCUAGGGAUGGGUGGGUGAGGCUGAAGAUUGUGCUCAUCUGGAGGAGGAAGGGGGUCUGGUGGGGUCAUGGGCAAACUCUCACAACUGGUCUAUACCAAGAGUGUCUUCAUUGAGAAGUGGACAGGACAAGUUCUGUCCUCUUCGAAACAGGAACAUUUUUUUGCACCAAAGUCAUCAUCAAAGCGCAGCUUAUUCUUACUCAAGGUCACUACGGAUGGAUAUCAGAACUCAAAAGGAUUUUUUGUUCUUUUAUUUUUAGAGGAAAAACUUUUUUUGCAUGAUUAAGUGUCGUCUUUUUAUUGGCUUGUGUGACCGGUAAAAGCAUGACCAUUGUGUGAACUCUCACUUACCGGUGUGUUUGGAAAACGUUAAGGAAAUUUCUCCAUGAGAUUCUUUUUACUUACCUCUUGACAUGAACAUUCAUUGACAUUAACUGUUUUACAAUGUAGGGUCUGUAACUGUUUGAAGGCUGCCUCGCAUGCAGAAAUGCAACUUGCAAGUAACCCAUCAAACUUCAAACCCAGUUACCAUAACCGCAUCUUUGUAAAACACCAUGGAUGUCAAUGGCAGUCAUCACCUAGCUAGCUAGACAUUGCAGUCUUGUAAAAUUGCUCUUUAUUAAAGCGUUGCUAUUUUCAAUACGUGUGUCGGAAUGUUUGCUCCUUUUUCAUGCUAUGCCAGAAACAUCAUGGGAAGCUGUGACUGAAAGUCAAAGUACUGUAAUAUGUGUUUGGUCUGGUCCACAUUGUGUGGUGUUUUUAACGUGUUUGCCCAGUCUUGUCCUGUCUGUUGCCAUCAACUGGACUUGUUAGUUCCCAGUCAUUCUCUAAAGCACAGACUGGUUUCCUAAAACCAGAUUUAGAUUCACUUGAAGCUGCAACUUUUGAGUCAGUUUUGUCAAACAAGGCCAGCUAGUGUACAGACCUGGACAAAAGGUUUUGAGAUUGAUAGCUUUCAGCUCUAUUAAGUGCAGACAUGUCAAUUUUACAUUUCAGUCAUCUCUCUAUACACCAUAUUUUUUGCACCAAUAGUUUAUCAUAAUAUUCCUAUUUUUUACUUUUAUACCCUGCUAAAUCAACAUAAGGGACACAGCAUUAACAUUUGGGAGACUGUUCACAUUAUGUAAUCUGGGGUUGGAUUUAACAAAGCAUUUCUAAAAUGUUUCCACCCCAGUAUCUACGUAAAUAAUCAGCACACAAGCUUCUACCUGCACUCUAACUUCACAGAAAAGACCAAGGAAGUAAAGUCAGGUUGUACUUACAACAAUGGGUUGCUUGUAGUCUUCUAUUUUCAAUAAUGGAAGACUCUCACUGUCUGCAGAUAGUCAACAGGGAUCUUUACAAAAUAGACCUUUGUUUUCAUCACUGAAGCUACUUCAUGGACUAAUCUGGUGGCUGGAAACCAGAGUUACAUGUUACCACAGCAGAAACUGCAUUUCCAUGUUAUACCAGUGAAAGGCACAUGAUGUCUAUGCAGUUUCAGGCUCCACCCUUUGUCCAUUUAUGUACAUAGGCCUACUAACUCAUCAUAUCACCUCAGUAUACCCUCCAUAUUGUGUAUACUGUAUUCACUACACUCAAAUACUCUAGUAACCAUCUGUGAACUGUUCAUUGUUGUUGAGGGCAUGAAACUAAGCAGUGUCCAUGAAAAGGUCUUAUUAGCAGGGAGUAUGGUUCCAUACCUUAAAUGACUUCUCAUUUUCUUUUUUUGUAAAUCAAAGUGACUGAAUUAUCAACAGGUUUGGAUUGUUAUGAAAUUAUCGGUUUUUAUUUCAAAAGCGUAGGUUGAUGUUUUUGGAAGAAAACUGAAUAAAAU